ACAAAAAAAGAGAAUUUAUUUGCUGAAUUUCUAAGCAGAAGCCCAAAGCAGAGACCUUUGCUCAAGAAAUCAGUCUCACUUUCAGUUUUCUCAUUCUGAUUUUUCAAUUAACCUCAAAGCCUCUGAAAUCCGAGCGAGAAGGAAAAUUUGAAUCCCAGAACAACAAAAGGCAGCAGAUUCGAUGGCAGUGGCUGGUCUCUAUCGCAGAGAGCUUCCUUCUCCUCCUGCAAUUGAAUUUGCUUCCCCAGAUGGAAAGAAGCUCUUUACUGAAGCUCUAGGAAAUGGAACCAUGGAAGGGUUUUUCAAGCUGAUCUCUUACUACCAAACGCAAUCAGAGCCCGCGUAUUGUGGGCUGGGCACCCUUGCCGUCGUCCUUAAUGCCCUCGCUAUCGAUCCCGGGAGAAAAUGGAAAGGCCCAUGGAGAUGGUUUGAUGACUCAAUGCUGGAUUGCUGCGAACCUUUGGAAAAAAUCAAAGCCGAAAUUACAGUAUUGAUUUCGGAGUCUGUAUAUUUUGUGGUAAUUGCGUUGAGUAUUAUUCUAUGUAUAUCCUUCAAUUCCGUUCAUGAUUUUCGUAACCAUGUUAUUUCGUGUACUUCUUCAGAGGAUUGUCAUGUCAUCACAUCAUACCACAGAGGUGUAUUUAGCCAGACUGGAACUGGCCAUUUUUCACCGAUUGGGGGUUAUCAUGCUGGAAGAGAUAUGGUUCUCAUUUUGGAUGUUGCUCGAUUUAAAUAUCCUCCUCAUUGGGUUCCACUUUCACUUCUUUGGAAGGGAAUGGAUACUAUUGAUGCAGCCACUGGACAUCGUCGAGGGUACAUGAUUAUUUCAAGGCUUAACAGAAGUCCAUCUAUUCUUUACACUGUGAGUUGCAGACAUGAAGGUUGGAAUAGUAUUGCGAAGUACUUAAUAGAAGAUGUUCCUCUCCUGUUGAAGUCAGAAGAUGUAAAAGACGUCCAGAAUGUGAUCUCAGUUGUAUUCAAAUCACCACCUGCUGACUUGAGAGAGUUCAUUAAAUGGGUUGCCGAAGUUCGGAGACAAGAGGAUGGGAAUCCGAUCGUAAACAAAGAGGAAAAAGGAAGGCUAGCUAUCAAGGAAGAGGUAUUGAAACAAGUAAAAGAAAUGGAACUCUUCAAGCAUGUAACCAAAUGGUUGGCUGCUAAAAAUUCACUUUGUAAGGAUACCGUAUCACUGGGUGGUAAAGAUACCUUGCCUGAAAUUGCAGCAAAUGUGUGUUGCCAAGGAGCUAAAGUUUUGGCUGGGAAAGUCAGUUCAUUAGAUGGAAUGUGUUGUAGAAAAACUGACAUGAAAGUCUUAAAAUCCAAUGGUGAAAAGCCCGUAACAGUGGUCUCAGGAACUGUAACAACUAAUGGCAUGGAACAAGCAGUUGAUAUGCUGGUUCCCUCAUGUCAAACAGAUCCAAGCAGUCUGUGUUCUUUUUAUCAUGGCAGCUGCGUAGGGAUGCAUCCAUCUACGGGCGAUAUUCUAACAGUACUUCUGUUGGCUCUGCCUCAACACACAUGGUCUGGCAUUAAAGAAGAGAAGCUACUUGCAGAAAUUAAUAGUCUCAUAUCAACUGAUUGUCUGCCCACUUUGCUUCAAGGGGAGGUUCAGUACUUGCGACGGCAAAUCCACUUCCUCAUGACUGAUAAUGUAGCAGGUUCUCUUUCAUAACAUAUGUUUUCUUCUUUUGCUUAAGUUCUUAAAGCAUAAAACAUGGAAACACCCAAAAACAAACCCAAAAAAGUGACAAUUUUGGUAAGAUUUGGUGAAAUUCAUAUUUUGGUUUUAUCAUGUAAUUUCAUUUCAAAUUACGAUUGCUUUCUAGUCUGUAGAUGUACUCAUAAGCUAUGCAUGCCUGUAAUACUAAUAUUCAGUAGAAAAAUUAGUUUUAUCAA